AUGACUGCAGUAGAGUCUGUAAGGACUGCAGUAGAACUAGUACAGGAUGCAGUAGAACUAGUGCUUGAUGCAGCAGGACUAGUACAGGAUGCAGUAGAAUCAGUGAUGACUGCAGUAGAACUAGUACUGGAUACAGAUAAAAGAAAGUCAUCAAUUAUUGUGCGAGUGAAAUCUCUAGCCAGGUAUGAUUUACUGAAGUCUCUAGCCAGGUAUGAUUUACUGAAAUCUCUAGCCAGGUAUGAUUUACUGAAGUCUCUAGCCAGGUAUGAUUUACUGAAAUCUCUAGCCAGAUAUGAUUUACUGAAAUCUCUAGCCAGAUAUGAUUUACUGAAGUCUCUAGCCAGUGACAGAAAUAUAAAUCUACAAGAUCUGAGUAUUGACAGAAAUACAAAUCUACAAGAUCUGAGUAUUGACAGAAAUACAAAUCUACAAGACCUGAGUGAAGAUAGAAAUACAAAUCUACAAGACCUGAGUGAAGACAGAAAUACAAAUCUACAAGACCCGAGUAAAGACAGAAAUAUAAAUCUACAAGACCUGAGUAAAGACAGAAAUACAAAUCUACAAGAUCUGAGUAAUGACAGAAAUACAAAUCUACAAGACCUGAGUAAUGACAGAAAUACAAAUCUACAAGACCUGAGUGAAGACAGAAAUACAACUCUACAAGACCCGAGUAAAGACAGAAAUAUAAAUCUACAAGACCUGAGUAAAGACAGAAAUACAAAUCUACAAGACCUGAGUAAUGACAGAAAUACAAAUCUACAAGACCUGAGUGAAGACAGAAAUACAAAUCUACAAGACCUGAGUGAAGAUAAAAAUACAAAUCUACAAGAAAUGAAUAAAGAUAGAAAUACAACUCUACAAGACCUGAGUAAUGACAGAAAUACAAAUCUACAAGACCCGAGUAAUGACAGAAAUACAAAUCUACAGAAUCUGAGUAAUGACAGAAAUACAAAUCUACAAGACCUGAGUAAUGACAGAAAUACAAAUCUACAAGACCUGAGUGAAGAUAGAAAUACAAAUCUACAAGACCUGAGUGAAGAUAGAAAUACAACUCUACAAGACCUGAGUAAGACAGAAAUACAAAUCUACAAGACCCGAGUAAUGACAGAAAUACAAAUCUACAAGACCCGAGUAAAGACAGAAAUACAACUCUACAAGACCCGAAUAAUGACAGAAAUACAAAUCUACAGGACCCGAGUAAUGACAGAAAUACAAAUCUACAAGAUCUGA